CACCAACCCUCGCGCGCCUCGGCGCCGCGCCCGCCGCCGAGCGUCACGACGGCGUACCUUGCCGCGCCGGGCCCGCCGCACGGGCACGGGCACGGGCACCCGGGCUCGGGCGCGGGCACGGGCGCGGGGCAGGGGCAGGGGAGGAGGGAGGGCGCUGUGGGUGCGGGUGCGGGAGGGGCGACGGGCGCGUACGGCGCGGCAGGAGGGGGAGGGGGCAGGAGGAACGGCGCACCGCCGCUCGCGCUGCCGAUGCGCCCGAGCCAGGGCCCCCCGAGCCACGGCCACGGCCAGGGCGGCGGGGCGUUCAACCCGGCCUUCCACGGCGGCAUGAGCGGCGGCAUGACUGGCGCCGGCGGCGUGUUCAUCCCGGCGUUCGGCGUCGGCGCGGGCGCGGGCAUGGGCAUGGUCGGAGGAGGAGGAGGAGGAGGAGGGGUCCCGGGCCCGGGCGCGCCGCCGUUCGACAUGGGCGCGUUCGCCGGCAUGGGCAUGGGCAUGCCGGGCAUGUUCGGCAUGGGUGGCAUGGGCAUGGGCGGCAUGGGCAUGGGCGGCGGGUUCGACAUGGGCGGGUUCGGCGGCGGUGCGGGCGCGGGCGGGAUGGGCGUCUUUGGGGCGCCUGGCGGCAUGGGGAUGGGAGUGGGGGUGGACCUCGGCUACGGGAUGGGGACGGGCUUGGGCUUGGGAGGACCCGGUAUGGGAGGAGGAGGAGGAGGAGGAGGGGCGGGAGCGUUCGACGGCGGGGCGAAGAAGCGCAGCCGGACGGACGGCUGA